AUGGAUAUUUUGAGAGCAGAAAUUGAACGUAAACGAAAGCAGUUUGAAGGAAUUCAGGCGCCAAAUAAGAAGUAUUUGAAACGCAGCCAAUUGCUCCAGAAAGGAGAAGAGAAGAACCGAGAGUAUCACCAAGCGAAACCACUAGCACCGACUCCUGUUACUGCUGCGAAAAGUGGAGGCUUGGCACGGAUCGAGAAUCAGACAAAAGAAAUGUUUACUGAACCGGGAUUAGACUGUGUUGAUUUGCCACGAGUUGACGUCAUCAAAAGAUUAAGAAGUCGGAGUCAACCAAUUACGCUGUUUGGUGAGACAGAACAAGAAUCUCGAGCUCGGCUUCGUAAACUUGAAAUUGAGCAACCUGAUAUGAAAGAAGGAUGGAAAAAUGAUUUUCAGUCGGCUAUGAAAGAGGUUGACCAUGAACUGAUUGAAGAAGUUAUUAAGGGAGAGCAGUACAAUGCUGGUAAACACGAUGUUGCUAUGCCAAAUUCCGCAGGCGAUAAUAAUUGGGAAAGGAUAGAAGCUAAUGCUGAGUUAUUGGGUGAAGGCGAUAAUCCUAAUAGAGACUGUGAUGUUAUUCGUGAAUUCUUCUCUUACAUAUUAACUCGCUGGGGUAAAGCAUUGAAUGCUCGCGAUGAAGUUGAAAAAAGAUCAGCAGAAGGUAAAUUAGCAGCAACGAUGCAUAAACAAACAAUGGAACAUCUUCGUCCAUUAAUGAAAAAUCUGGAGAAACACAAUGUAAAUGCUGACAUCCGAGAACAUUUGAUCAAAAUUUGUCGUCUCAUCAUAAUUGAUCGUGAUUACAUCCGGGCAAAUAAUGCUUACAUGGAAAUGGCAAUAGGUAAUGCUCCAUGGCCUGUAGGUGUGACAAGGUCUGGUUUACAUCAGCGGCCUGGCUCAGCGAAAGCCUACGUUUCAAAUAUUGCCCAUGUACUUAAUGAUGAAACACAACGGAAAUACAUACAGGCCUUCAAAAGAAUAAUGACUCGAUGUCAAAAGUAUUUCCCAACAGACCCUAGCAAAUGUGUGGAAUAUGUUCGAGAAAUUGAAACAGCAUUGUUUUCUACACAGCUCUCGUUUUUGUGCGAGAUGGCAGAUGACGUAGCGCAAUUACUUGCACCAUAUCAGUACAUAUUGAAGUUACCGGGUAAGCAGUUGAGAAGCCAAUUAGCAAAAGCAUUUAAUUUUUGGUUGCAAGUCGACGUGGAGGUGCUGGAUUCAAUCAUGACUGUGGUCGAAAUGCUUCACAAUGCGUCACUGAUGAUUGAUGAUAUCGAGGACAGUUCGCUUCUAAGACGAGGAUUGCCGGUAACACAUAGCAUAUAUGGAAUUGCCCGUACGAUCAACACAGCGAACUAUGUAUAUUUCGCAGCCCUGUCUAGGUGUAUAUUGUUGGGCAAAUUUGAAGCUGUGGAAAUUUUUACUGAACAGUUAUUGGAACUGCAUCGUGGACAGGGAAAAGAAUUGUAUUGGCGGGAUAUAGUCCAGUGUCCAACUGAGGAGGAGUACGAGCAAAUGGCGAUGCAAAAAACGGGUGGUUUGUUUGCGCUAACAGUACAGUUAAUGGAAUUAUUUGGAAAAAAACAGUACGAUUUUAAAUCGUUGAUAAAAAAUUUAGCCAUUUAUUUUCAGAUCAGAGAUGAUUACAUCAAUCUCUGUUCUCGUACUUAUGCAGAACAGAAAACAUUUGCUGAGGAUCUCACCGAAGGGAAGUUCUCUUUCCCUAUUAUAGUUGCAGUUGACAAAAAAUACAACGACGAUGAAAUUAUUAAUAUAUUACGUCAAAGGCCCAAAGAUGUGGAAGUUAAGAAGUACUGCAUACGAAUUAUAGAAGAACGAGGAGCCUUUGGAUACACCUUGAAGCGUUUACAAGAGUUACACGAUCUACUGAUUUCGCAUAUCGAUAUGCUAGGUGGAAACAAAGAACUGAAAAUUUUGAUCGAAACGUUGCAUGAAGAUAUUCAACCAAUGCGUAAGGUUGGUAAUAUGAAAAUGAGCAAUGGUAAAUAG